UUUCGACUUCACGAUCAGCUUGACAACACAUUUUGUAGCCAAGUAAUGUUGGAAAUUUGAGUUGGAUUUGUUCUUGCAUGCCCAUGAUGUCCAUUUCCUUUGAAGAUUGGUAGAGCUGAAGGCGAGCGUUGCAUUGAGCACGCAGUAGGUGUUGUAUCUCCUUGUUGGCUCCUCACUCACAGCCAUGGAAGCUCCAGCCAAUAACACCCUGUAUAUCAAUAAUUUGAAAGAGAAAAUCAAGCAACCCGAGCUGAAGAAAUCGCUCUUCGCGAUUUUUUCUCAGUUUGGCGAGAUAGUUGACAUCGUGGCCCUCAACAAUGUCAAAAUGAGAGGACAGGCUUUCGUUGUGUUCCGCGAGGUACGCAGUGCAACCGAAGCUAUCCGUGCCAUGCAGGGAUUCCCGCUCUUCGAGAAGUCAAUGCGGAUAGCGUACGCAAAGUCAAAGUCAGAUGCCAUUGCGAAGAUUGAAGGUACCUAUGUUGAACGGCCCAAGGUCACCAAGGGAGAGAAGCGCAAGGCAGAGGAACAAGCCAUCCAGAGUCGCCUGGCGAAGAAGCGCAUGGAAGCGGCUGCUGCCCAGGCACCAGUCAUGAUGAUGCCGCCGCCACACGUUGUGGCACAGCAGGCACCUGUGGCCAUGCAGCAACAACAACAACAGCAACAACAGCAGCAAGUAGCCGCACCGGCUCAGCAAGUUGCUCCAGCCCAGCCGGCGGUUGAGCUUCCCAACAAGAUCCUCUUCAUCACUCAGCUGCCCGAGGAAGCAAAUGAAAUGAUGGUCAAGAUGCUUUUCCAGCAGUAUCCUGGCUUCAAGGAAGUUCGUCUGGUGCCUGGUCGUCACGACAUUGCGUUUGUGGAGUUUGAGAACGAGGUGCAGGCGGGCGCAGCGCGGACGCCACUGAACAACUUCAAAAUCACGCCCACGCACUCCAUCUCCGUGGCGUUUGCCAAGAAGUAGAUGGCGCGGCGUGGAUGUGCCCUUGAAGAAGACGUGCCAAUGUCGCCCGUUCCCUGUCUGUUCCGCUUGUACAUUCUGUGCCGUCUCAUUUCUUCUUUUACGCUUCUGGCCCUUGGCCCUAUGCUGUGCUCUUUUCCAGCUUCUACUGUCGUUGUUUGUGCUGCGACUUGUUUCACGUCUUUGCUUUCCGGUCUGCGACCAUUGUAUCCCUUUGCCUCCAUGUUCAUGUUGCUAAACUUGUCUUGAUCCGUUUCCCGAAUACCUGUA